CUUGAAAUGUUAAUAGCUGUGAAGAACCGUGUUUAUAAAAUUUGAAAGCACAGCUGACGCAAUUCAUUAAGCUUUCUGAUAAGUCAACUCAUUUUGAUAUAAACUUUACAGCGUUAGAAAUCUUCUUUGACUGCAAAAUGUUUUGUUACAUCAUUUUCCUGAUUCCAGUUCUAAUAGGACCGAUUAUUGGCCAAGAGCACCAUUGUUCUAAAUUUCACUAUGAGGAAAAAUUGCUGGAGAAGAUGAUCAGAAUGGAAAUGCAUUUGGAGGAGAUGCAAAGAAAACUAAACAUGCUUGAACAGAAAGCGGAAGAUUCCGAUGUACUUCAAAAUCAACCGGCAAAAGGUACUGUGGCUUUCUUUGCAACUGCUAAUUCCAGAAAAACUUACGGAGCUGAUGAGACUCUUGUAUUUGAAAAUGUGGUAACGAACCUUGGAGAGGCAUAUAAUCCAGCAAAUGGCAUAUUCACAACUCCAAGCACUGGCAUGUUUGUGUUCUUCUCCACAGUUUUAGGAAGCAACGACGUUGAGCUUUGGAAUUACAUAUCCGUGAACAACAAAGCCGUAGCGAAUUUCAAUUCCCAUGGCACAGGUGGUCGGCAUGACAGCGGGACUGUUACCACAGUUUUACAACUCAGUAAAGGUGACGAAGUUUCAAUAAAGAAUUCACAAUCGUCUGGUAACACGUACGGUGAAAAUUAUACUCACUUCGGAGGAUUUCGUCUAGUCAACUGACUCUGAUUUGAUCCUAUUGUACAUGUUAUCCAAAGCUGAUAAAUGCAGUUUGCCUAAUAAAAAGAUACAUACAACAAUGUGUUUGGUA